AUGGCUUUCGGUAAGAGCGCCACGUCCAUCGUGGAUUUUGCCACGCUGAAUGAGGGUGCAGACUCCAGCAUGCACCGCAGUACUUCCAACGGCUAUUCUCCAGUUGGUGGAGUAGUUGGAUUUGAGGCUGCUUUUCGGCAGAUAUUUGCAACUCAGCGAGAAGCAAACUUGGUCUGGCGCCGUAAGAUAUCUCAAUAUGACUCCCACUACCUCGGGUGGAACUUUCUGCACAUUGAGGAACUGCGGUGGAUGCUGUCGGAGGACAGCUUGGAGCAGAGGAAAGAGUUUGCGCCGGCAUUUGAGAGAGUCAUAUCGGGUGUUUUGAAGUUGUUCUGA